AUGGAAUUAAUGAAAGCAGAUGAAGUAAAGUUGGAUCAAGAUAUCUGGCUUACUCAAAUCAAGGAAGGCCUGCAAUUUCAGGAUGAGAAAGGAGAAGAAAAAGACAUACGUGUAUCCGUUUUUGGUGUGCCCAAGGAGCUGUUGACAGUGAAGCCAGAAGCAUAUAUUCCGCAGUGCGUCUCCAUUGGACCAUAUCACCAUUUGAGACCCCAACUGUUCGAAAUCGAGAGAUACAAAGUAGCUGCUGCACGAAGAUUUGAGAAGACGCUAACCGGCUACUGCAAGUUCGAAUCUGUGGUGGAAGAAUUGAAGAAGUACGACUGGCAAAUCAGGAACUGCUACCACAAAUUUCUUGAGUACAAAGAGGAAGACCUUGCAUGGCUCAUGGCUCUUGACGGGUCGUUCUUGCUUGAGUGCUUGCAGUUCUACCUCAAACGGGGGGAUCGCACUUCAUCGGAAGUGUCAUCCCAGUUGAAGCGACUUGGCAGUGUUUUAGAUACAUCUCGCAGAAGUGCAACCCACAAUGCAAUUAUGAGAGAUCUGAUGAUGCUCAAGAAUCAGCUACCUUUGUUCGUCUUGCAGAAGCUCCUGGAAAUGCAGUUGGGUUCUCAAGAUAAGGCUGAAGAAAGGCUCUGCAAUCUAGUGACACUCGCCUGUGAAGAUUGGUCGCCAUUUAUGUUGAAGAUGCGAGAUAGUUCAAGACUCCGUAUAAAGGAGAGCGGUCACAUAUUAGAGGAGCUAUACAACUCUAUUGCUCUUUCCUCGUUAAAACUUUGUCUUGCUCAACUUUUCUCGGCACUCUCUGAGCGUGUCUUUAAAGGGAGGCCUGACCAGUUGGUGAUACAGUUGUCUACGAAUCUUGUUUCCGCUUUUCAAACUGUUUCAAUUAAGCGUAAAGAUGAAAAGGAUGAGGAAAAAGAUGAGGAGAGAGGAUAUUCCUCUCCGGAAACUCCUCCAACUUGUGACGAACUAGCGAUUCCCUCCGUCUCCGAUUUAUACUCCGAAGGAGUAAGAUUCCUUCCGACCAAGGGAGGCCUCACCACAAUUUGCUUCGACCCGACCAACGCAUCUCUUUAUCUUCCCAAAUUGAGGUUGGAUUCCAACACAGAAGUAGUUCUCAGAAAUGUGGUGGCUUUCGAAGCUUCAGCGGCUCCUGGUGCUUUGAUCUUCACUCGUUACAUAGAUUUCAUGAACGGCAUCAUCGACACAGACGAAGAUGUUGGGCUGCUGAGAAAGAGCGGGAUUAUCUACAGUCACCUGGCAGACGAGGGGAAAGUGGCAAGCUUGUGGAACGGCUUGGGUAAAUGCAUCCAAUUGAGGCGAAUUAAAUAUUUGGACCAAGUUAUAGCGGACGUCAACAACCUUUAUAAUAACAGAUGGAGCGUAGCUGCGAAGAAGUAUGUAAACAAAUACAUAUUUGGUUCUUGGCAGCUCCUGACUGUUGUGGCCACGGGGAUACUUCUGCUUCUCACUUGCUUCCAGGCCUUCUGUUUUGUGUAUGACUAUAAGGGUUAA